CGAAGAGCGAUAUAAACGAUAUACUGGAAACCUAUCAAUCAAACGCGCCCCAAUCACCAGUGUCCCUGCAUAAUCUAGCGACGCAACUAUCAUGACCACGGCGACGGCAUCGGGCCCCGGUCCCGCUGAAAGUCCCGCCAACGAACGUCAGCCAUCGUCGGGUGGCUGGAGGAGAUGGUUCGGAGCUUCAUCGAAUAGAGACUCGGGCGCCGGCCUCGAAAACGAAAGUUAUAGAUCCAAGUCGACGCUGGGUAUAUUGAGCGAUAAGGUGACCGAUGAAGUACCUGGAACGGUCCUUCUUCUAUCAUCCAACCGCAAUGAGCCACUGGGCUUAAGACAUCAGCCUCGGCGCGCCUCUGCUUCGUCCAUACCCUCUCCUUACCCACCGUCUCGAUCUUCGUCGAUCCAAUCGAGCAGACCGCCGCAGAAGAAGACGGGGGAUGGACAAAUCGUAUUGAAUCCCCAGCCUGACGAUUCGGUCAACGAUCCGUUGAAUUGGCCCAUGUGGCGGCGCGAUGCGGCCUUGGUGUCGUUGGGGUUCUAUUGUCUUAUGGGUGGCGGCAUGACGCCCGUUCUGGCGGCCGGUUUCAAUGAAGUCGCCGACAGCUACAAUGUCGACACCCAGAAGGUGGCCUUCACCACCGGUCUCUACAUGCUGGGACUCGGGGUAGGAUCGGUGAUCAUGUCGCCCACGGCGAUCCUCUACGGAAAGCGCCCCGUGUAUCUACUGGGCGCCACGCUGUUCAUCAUCUCCGCCAUAUGGUGUGCCUUGUCGCCGAAUUAUCCCAGCCUGGUCGUGGCUCGGGUCUUCCAAGGCAUUGCCGUAAGUCCGGUGGAGUGUCUUCCGUCGGCGACGAUUGCCGAGAUCUACUUCCUACAUGAGCGCGCGUAUCGUGUCGGCAUUUAUACGCUGCUUCUUCUGGGUGGCAAGAACCUGGUUCCCUUGGUGAGUGCUGCGAUCAUCGGAAGUAUGGGCUGGCGGUGGGUAUUCUGGAUCGUGGCCAUCGUCGUCGGGGCCUGUCUGGUUUGCAUCUUCUUUUUCCUACCGGAGACGUUCUGGGAUCGGACGCCUCGGCCGCGACGUUCGGGGAAACGCCCCAACUUGUAUCGAAACGUGUCGGAUCUUGUCUCUCACGGUCUUCGAGGUCGAUCGACUCACGCGCACCAACAUAACGAAGAGCCGGCUCCGGAGAAGAGCGCCGACACGGUCGUCCCGAAGAAGUCCAAAAAGGGCCACGUCGGGUUCGUAGAAGCCCCCGAAGAGGAUCAUGAAAUCGAGGUCGAGAACGAAAAGGAUGACGCGCAGGAGGGUCACGAGCAGCAUUCUGCAACACCUAGCUCGGCCGUCACCGAGCGCCCUACCCCGGAAUUCCUCUCCAGCCUGGCGCUGGAAAAGUCCGAAGACCUGGAAGCCGGCAGACAACCCGGCGUCUCGCCAGCCCGCAGCGAAUCCGUGGACCCUAGUGCACCCCUCAACCCAUCCAUACACUAUACCAACCAACUGCGGGAUAAACCUUUAAUGCCUUUCCUCCACUACCUGCGACCCUGGCACGGGCGAAUCUCGCAUGACAACUGGUUCCGUGUGGCCAUGCGGCCCUUCAUCCUCUUCGCCUACCCCGCUGUCCUCUGGUCCACGGUCGUAUACGCGCUCUCCGUUGGCUGGCUGAUCGUGGUCUCGGAAUCCGUCGCGCAUAUGUUUCAAGGGAAGGAUAAUUAUAACUUCACCGCCCUCCAGACCGGAUUGGUGUAUAUCUCGCCGUUCGUGGGCGGUCUGCUCGGCACGGCCGUCGCGGGGCGCGUGUCGGACAUCAUCGUGAAGUUCAUGACGCGGCGAAACGGCGGUGUGUACGAGCCGGAGUUCCGACUCGUCAUGGCGGUUCCGAUCGCCUUGUCAACGACCAUCGGGCUGAUGGCGUUCGGAUGGAGCGCGGAAAUCAAGGACGCGUGGAUCGUGCCGACCAUUUUCUUCGGGAUGAUCUCGUUCGGGUGCUGUUUGGGCAGCACCACGGCGAUUACGUUCUGCGUCGACAGUUAUCGGCAGUAUGCGGGGGAGGCCUUGGUGACGUUGAACUGGAGCAAGAACGUGUUUCACGGGCUGAUCUUCUCGCUGUUCAUCGUCGAUUGGCUGGACGCGCAGGGCUCGCGGACGGUGUUCCUUGCUCUGGGCGGCAUCCAGCUCGGGUGUCUGCUGUUCUCCAUCCCGAUGUAUAUUUAUGGUAAGCGGGCGCGGAUGUGGACGGUACGACGGGGGUUGAUGGAGCGGUUCUGAUGGAGAGGAUGCGAUAUGUAUCGGAAAUAUAUGAUGCCAAUUCUGCGACGACUUUGCAACGUGAUGAAUGAUGAAAUACAACGGCUUGUAUAGUGAUGAUGGACAGCAUCAAGAAAGCACUGGCUU